GGGUAUAUGAAGGCUAAAUCCGGGUGCCAUCCCCAGGUGCCCUAUACUCCGUGGUCACGACGGUGGUGUGUCUGUGGUGGGGCUGUGAAGCUUGCAGAAGGUUCAAGAGCCGUACCAUAGUAUCUGUGAGUCUUACUUCGACAGCUUUUAAGCAUCCACCACCAACAUGCCUGGCCACGUUAAGAAGUCCACGGGUCCCGAUCCAGAUCCCUCCGAGUUCCUUUACAUCUCCCUAGAACAGAAGCGUCUUGACCAGACCAAGCCUUAUGACUCUAAAAAGUCCUGCUGGGUUCCCGAUGAGAAGGAGGGCUUCUCGGAGGGUGAGAUCCAGGGCACCAAGGGCGACCUUGUGACUGUUAUGGUCAGGGGUGAGACUAAGAACUGGAAGAAGGACCUCGUACAACAGGUCAACCCGCCCAAAUUCGAGAAGUGUGAGGACAUGUCCAACUUGACCUACCUCAACGAUGCCUCCGUCCUGUACAACUUGAAGGCCCGUUAUGUUACCAAGCUCAUCUACACCUAUUCCGGCCUCUUCUGUGUUGUCGUGAACCCCUACAAGCGGUACCCCAUCUACACCAACCGUGUGGUCAAGAUCUACCAGGGCAAGAGGCGUAAUGAAGUGCCUCCUCAUUUGUUCGCUAUCUCUGACGGUGCCUACAUGAACAUGCUUCAGACUGGCGAAAACCAGUCCAUGUUGAUUACCGGUGAGUCUGGUGCUGGUAAGACAGAGAACACCAAGAAGGUACUCUCCUACUUUGCCAAUGUCGGCGCCAGCACCAAGAAGGUCGCCGAAGAUACUAAGCCUAACCUCGAGGACCAGAUCGUCCAGACCAACCCUAUUCUGGAGGCCUUCGGUAACGCCAAGACCACCCGUAACGACAACUCCUCCCGCUUCGGUAAGUUCAUCCGUAUCCACUUCGGCCCCAGCGGCAAGCUGUCCGGUGGUGAUAUUGAGGUCUACCUGCUGGAGAAGGCUCGUGUCAUCUCCCAGCAGGCCGCCGAGCGAUCCUACCAUAUCUUCUACGAGAUGAUGUCCGACCAGCUUGAAUGGAUUAAGCCAAAUUGUUGUCUUAGUAACGACAUCUACGAUUACCAUUACGUAUCUCAGGGCAAGAUUACUGUUCCCUCCAUUGAUGACAAAGAGGACAUGCAGUUCUGUGACGACGCCUUUGACAUCCUUGGUUUCACGAAAUUGGAGAAGCAAAAUGUCUACAAGCUCACCGCCGCUGUCAUGCACUUUGGUGAGAUGAAGUUCAAACAGAGGGGUCGCGAGGAGCAGGCUGAAGCCGACGGUACUGAGGUUGGAGAAACCAUCGGCAAACUGAUGGGUAUGGAUGGUGCUGAUCUGUAUAAAAACAUUACCAAGCCCAAGAUCAAGGUCGGUGCUGAAUUUGUUGCAAAGGGCAUGAACGUGGAUCAGUGUUUCUACUCCGUUGGUGCCUUGGCUAAGGCUAUGUUCGAUCGUGUCUUCAAGUUCCUGGUACAGAAGUGUAACGUGACUCUUGAGACUGGCAAAAAACGUUGCUCUUUCAUUGGCGUGCUCGAUAUUGCUGGUUUCGAGAUCUUUGAUUUCAACGGCUUUGAACAGAUCUGCAUCAACUUCUGUAACGAGAAGCUGCAACAGUUCUUCAACCAUCACAUGUUUGUGCUGGAGCAGGAGGAAUACAAGAGGGAAGGUAUCAACUGGGUCUUCGUCGACUUCGGUAUGGAUCUGCAGGCCUGCAUCGAGCUCUUUGAGAAGAAAAUGGGUCUCUUGUCCAUCCUAGAGGAAGAGUCUAUGUUCCCCAAGGCUACUGACAAGUCCUUCCUUGAGAAACUGAACGCCAAUCAUCUUGGAAAGACUCCUGUCUUUAUCAAGCCCAAGCCAGUGAAGGGCGGUGGCGCUGAAUCUCACUUCGCCAUUGUCCACUACGCCGGUACUGUGAACUAUAAUUUGGCUGGCUGGCUCGAAAAGAACAAGGAUCCCCUCAACGACACUGUUGUUGACCAGAUCAAGAAGUCCAGCAACGAGCUCGCCGUUCAUCUGUUCAUUGACCAUCCUGGCCAGUCAGCUGCCGCUGAUCCCAAAGGUGGUCGUGGACAGAAAUCUGGUUCCUUCAAGACCGUGUCCUCUGCUUACAGGGACCAGUUGAACAACCUGAUGAAGACCCUGAACGCCACUCACCCUCACUUCAUCCGUUGUAUCGUCCCCAACGAGACCAAAUCUCCCGGUGUUAUUGACGCCGGUCUUGUUAUGCACCAGCUGACUUGCAACGGUGUACUUGAGGGUAUCCGUAUCUGUCGUAAGGGCUUCCCCAACAGGAUCCCAUACAAGGACUUUAGGCACCGCUACAUGAUCCUCGCCCCCAAGGAGCUGAAUGAGAUCGAAGAUGAUAAGACGGCCGCUAAGGCUUGCUUCGAUAAGGCCGGUCUGAAUGAGGAGCUGUACCGCACUGGCAACACCAAGGUGUUCUUCCGCGCUGGUGUCCUGGGUACACUGGAGGAGAUCCGUGAUGACAAGCUCGCCAAGCUGAUCACUGGACUGCAAUCCUGGGUCCGAGGUUUCACUAGCCGUAAGGGUUACAAGAAGCUCCAAGAGCAGCGCGUUGCCCUUAUCGUUGUCCAGCGUAACUUGAGGAAGUUCAUGAAGAUGCGCACCUGGGCUUGGUUCAACCUGUGGCAAAAGGUCAAACCUCUCCUCAACGUCACCCGCAUUGAAGACGAAAUGAAGGCUUUGGAAGAGAAGGCGGCUAAAGCUCUGGAAGAACUGGAGAAAGAGACCAAGCUACGUAAGGCACUUGAAGCUGCCAACAUGUCCCUUCAAGAGGAGAAGAACAACCUUAUUGCCACUCUCGAUUCGACCAAGGGCAAUGUAUCCGAUUUCCUUGACAAGCAGGCCAAACUUCAGAGCCAAAAGAACGACCUGGAGGCUCAGCUUAACGAAGUUCAGGCCCGCCUCCAGCAGGAAGAGGAUGCUCGUAAUAUGCUCUUCCAAGGAAAGAAGAAAGGUGAGCAGGAAAUGAGCAGCAUGAAAAAGGAUCUUGAGGAUAUGGAACUCGUGGUUCAGAGGCAAGAACAAGAGAGAGCCACCAAGGAUCAUCAAAUCCACAGCCUCAACGAGGAAAUUGGCCACCAAGAAGAACUAAUUAACAAGGUCAACAAAGAAAAGAAGCACCUUCAAGAAUGUAAUCAAAAGACCGCUGAAGACCUCCAGGGCGUCGAGGAUAAAUGCAACCAUCUUAAUAAGGUCAAAGCUAAGCUCGAACAGACACUUGAUGAGCUUGAGGACUCUCUUGAACGCGAAAAGAAACUCCGAGGAGAGAUCGAGAAGUCAAAGAGGAAGGUUGAAGGUGACCUCAAGCUGACACAAGAGGCCGUUGCAGACCUAGAGCGCAACCAAAAGGAAGUUGAGAGCACCGUUCAGCGCAAGGAUAAGGAAAUUACCAGCCUUGCUGGCAAGCUCGAAGAAGAACAGAUCCUUGUUUCUAGAACCCAGAAGCAGGUCAAGGAACUGCAGGCACGCAUUGAAGAACUUGAACAGGAGGUUGAACAUGAACGUCAAUCUCGUUCCAAGGCUGAAAAGGGCAAAGCAAACUUGACCCGUGAACUGGGAGAUCUCAGUGACCGAUUAGAAGAAGCUGGUGGUGCUACCGCCGCUCAGAUCGAGUUGAACAAGAAGCGUGAAUCAGAACUGGCCAAACUUCGUCGUGACUUGGAGGAGACCAAUAUCCAGCAGGAGGCCGCCCUAGCUAACCUUCGCAAGAAGCAUAAUGAUGCUAUCAACGAGAUGUCAGAUCAGAUUGACCAUCUCAACAAGAUGAAAGCAAGGUCCGAGAAGGACAAGGACGCCAUGAAGCGUGAGGCCGAUGAUGCUAAGGCUGCCAUGGACGGACUUUCUCGCGACAAGGCUGGUGCUGAGAAGAUGAACAAACAACUCCAGCACCAAAUCAAUGAUGUCCACUCCAAGCUUGAUGAAGCUAACCGUACUCUCAACGAUUUCGACGCUACUAAGAAGAAGCUUGCCACAGAAAACACAGACCUUGUGCGUCAAUUGGAGGAGGCUGAGAGCCAACUUGGUCAGCUGUCCAAGAUUAAGCUGUCACUUUCUAACCAACUUGAAGACCAGAGGAAACUCGCCGAUGACGAAAGCAGGGAGCGUGCUACCCUUCUUGGUAAGUACCGCAACCUCGAACACGACAUCGAUGGUCUUCGUGAACAGUUAGAAGAAGAAAGCGAGGGUAAGGCUGAUGUUCUGCGCCAGCUGUCCAAGGCCAGUGCUGAGGCUCAAAUGUGGCGCUCAAAGUACGAAACUGAAGGCAUCGCCCGUUGCGAGGAACUUGAGGGUGCCCGCCUGAAGCUUGCUGCUCGUCUUGAGGAGGCCGAAGAUCAGAUCGAGCAACUCAAUAUCAAGAACAUGAAUCUGGAGAAGACCAAACAACGCAUUGCCACUGAACUUGAGGAUAUGCAGAUCGAGGUUGAACGUGCCCAGGCCUUGGCUAAUGCCGCUGAGAAGAAACAAAAGAACUUCGACAGAAUCAUCUCAGAAUGGAAGAUGAAGGUUGAUGACCUGGCUGCCGAACUGGAUGCUUCUCAGAAGGAAUGCCGUAACUACUCCACUGAACACUUCCGCAUCAAGGCAGCCUAUGAGGAGAACCUUGAAACACUAGAUGCUGUCCGCCGCGAGAAUAAGAAUCUAGGUGACGAGAUCAAGGACUUAAUGGACCAGAUUGGCGAAGGUGGCCGAACACUUCAUGAAAUCCAGAAGACUGCUAAGCGUCUUGAGAUCGAAAAGGAAGAGCUUCAGGCUGCUCUUGAGGAGGCUGAGGCCGCCCUUGAACAAGAGGAGAACAAGGUGCUUCGUGCCCAGCUUGAACUUAGCCAAGUGAGGCAGGAGAUCGACAGACGUAUCCAGGAGAAGGAAGAAGAGUUUGAAAAUACUCGCAAGUGCCACCAGCGUGCCAUUGACUCCAUGCAGGCUUCCCUUGAGGCUGAAGCUAAGGCUAAGGCCGAAGCUCUGCGCCUGAAGAAGAAGCUGGAGUCUGACAUCAACGAGCUCGAGAUUGCUCUUGAUCAUUCCAACAAGGCCAACGCAGACCUGCAGAAGCACGUCAAGAAACUCCAAGGUGAAAUUAAGGAUCUACAGAUUCGCGUGGAGGAAGAACAGCGUCUUGCCUCAGAAUACAGGGAACAGUACGGCAUUUCCGAACGCCGAGCCAACGCACUCAAUGGAGAAUUGGAAGAAUCCCGCACCCUCCUCGAACAGUCUGACCGUGGUCGUAGACAGGCCGAAGCUGAUCUUGCCGAAGCUUCCGAAAAUAUUGCUGGUCUCACUGCUCAGAACGCUUCCCUUAACGCAGCUAAGAGGAAGCUUGAGGGAGAGAUGCAGACUCUGCAUGCUGACCUCGACGAGAUGCUGAACGAAGCCAAGAACUCAGAGGAGAAGGCUAAGAAGGCCAUGGUUGACGCCGCCCGCCUGGCUGAUGAACUCCGCGCUGAGCAGGAACACGCCCAGACCCAGGAGAAGAUGCGCAAGGGUCUGGAAGUAUCCCUCAAGGAAAUCCAGAUUCGUCUCGAAGAAGUCGAAACCAAUGCUCUGAAGAACACCAAGAAGGCUGUGGCUAAACUGGAAGGCCGCGUGCGCGACCUGGAGAGCCAGCUGGAUGAUGAAUCCCGUCGCCACUCUGACGCCCAGAAGAACCUGAGGAAGUGCGAGAGGCGCAUCAAGGAGCUCACCUUCCAGUCCGAUGAGGACAAGAAGAACCACGAGAGGAUGCAGGAUCUUGUUGAUGCCCUUCAACAAAAGGUCAAGACCUACAAGCGCCAGAUCGAGGAGGCCGAGGAGAUCGCCGCCCUGAACUUGGCCAAGUUCCGCAAGUCCCAGCAGGAGCUGGAGGAAGCCGAAGGGCGCGCGUAAUUCUGGACAGAAGUCUAUGUUAGAAGAGUUGAAGAGAUCAUUCAAGAACAGUACAAAGCUUGAUUAGUUCAAUCCUUGCACUGGUUAACAGCUCUUGGACGGUACUGAUGCUUACACUAUGCAAUAUAAAAAUUUUAUUGGUCCUAUUCAAUAUUUCUUAGGGGUAUACAAUACACAAUACACUAAUGUUGGUAAUAAAUGUGAAACCAGUGCAAAUGUAUAUCCACUCAAUUGCUAUCCAUAAACUUGCAAAAAAAAUUAAAUAAAUAUUCCGAAAAUUUCCUAUUUACAUUUGUAUUGACUAUAUUAUGUAUAGGAAUCUUAAUAAAUAUCUAACUGUAA